AUGAACUCGAACUCCAAGAGCGCUGCUUCAUCAUUGGAGGCCUUGAUGACUUCCUUCAAUGGUCGCAUAUUAGAGCUCCAAGAGCUAGUAAUUGCUAGAAACAUGUACCCAGCGAGCAGUAUUCCGGAUCUUUCUGCUAUUGAUGCUGCUGUGAGUGCUUUGGAGCUUCAGGUGCAAACCAUUAAGGACAAUUUUCGCAACGAGAUGGAAGCUAUUCCUAAAGCAAAGAAAUUUAUCGAUGCGUGCAUGCAACAGCAAAAGAAACUGCAGAAUAUGGCUCUUUACGUUCCUUCCCAAAAGGCCGAUAGAAUGACACUGUCGAAUUCAGAAACUAGUAGAGCUUUGUUUCCUGAAUUUUCUGGACUAGACACUGGAUCAUUUGAGGCUUUAAAACUUGAUGUGGAGCCUGCCGCAUUGCCUAAGGAGAAAAAAGGCCGUGGUCCCCCACCAACAUGGUAUGUCACUGGAAGUGAGCUAGAUUCCCUGUCAUCAUAUAUGAGGGGUAGGCUUACUUUAGAGAAGGUGAAUGCAGCAAUCACAGAUAUGGCGUCUUAUGCAGAAGCUAAUACUCAGCUUAUCGCAGCUCCCAAAAAGAAGUUGGCAGAAAAUCUUUGGGAAAAAGCUCUGGAAAUAAGAGAUAUUGCAACAAUGGAAGGGAUUAAAGGAAAACACUUUUUUCUUGAAGCUGAUAUAAAAGGUCCAGCACUUAAACUUGACCACACUGGAAAGGCAAUAUUGACAGUUCUUCGACACCUUGGCCGUUUUAAUGAGACUCGCGUUGGACAUCAUCGUGUUUUCGUUCUACAUAAGCCUCAUUAG